UAGGUAGUUAUAAAUCCAAGUGUUUAGGUAACCACCACACCACAGACCACACUUGCUUUGGCAUUCCACCCAAAUUCACUCCACAACUAACUAGCGGUGAUGGCUACAACGGCGACAAUGACGGCGGCGGACGAAUCGCAACAGCAGAAGCUGAAGAAAGGAAUAGCAGAGUUCUACGAUGAAUCAUCUGGAAUGUGGGAGAAUAUAUGGGGAGAACACAUGCAUCACGGCUUUUAUGAUAACGACGCCGUUGUUCAACUCUCCGACCACCGUGCUGCUCAGAUCCGUAUGGUUGAGCAAGCCUUAUCUUUCGCCUCUGUUCCCGAUGAUGAGGAGAAGAAACCAAAAACUAUAGUUGAUGUUGGAUGUGGCAUAGGAGGUAGCUCGAGGUACCUAGCAAAAAAAUAUGGAGCUGAAUGUCAAGGAAUAACGCUCAGCCCUGUACAAGCUGAACGGGCCCAGGCCCUAGCUGCUGAUCAAGGAUUGGCUGAUAAGGUUUCCUUUCAAGUUGCAGAUGCUUUGAACCAACCAUUCCCUAAUGGAAAGUUUGACUUGGUUUGGUCAAUGGAGAGUGGGGAGCACAUGCCCGACAAACUAAAGUUUGUAAGUGAAUUGGUUCGAGUGGCUGCGCCAGGAGCCACAAUCAUCAUAGUUACAUGGUGCCACAGGGAUCUUUUACCUACCGAAAAAUCCCUGCGCCCUGAAGAAGAAAAGAUCUUGAAUAAAAUUUGCUCCGGCUUUUAUCUUCCUGCUUGGUGUUCCACUGCUGAUUAUGUGAAAUUACUGGAAUCGCUUUCUCUUCAGGACAUCAAAUCAGCAGACUGGUCAGCCAACGUCGCUCCAUUUUGGCCAGCUGUAAUUAAAACAGCAUUAUCGUGGAAAGGAUUUACUUCGUUGCUAUGUAGUGGAUGGAAGACGAUAAAAGGGGCCAUGGUAAUGCCAUUGAUGAUUGAAGGAUUUAAAAAGGACAUAAUCAAAUUCUCCAUCAUUACAUGCAAGAAGCCCUAUAAAUGAAAGCAUAGUAUGUAUGUAAUCUUGUACGAUGGUGUUGUGAUUUUCAAUUUGGCAUUUUGGCUACUAAACCAGAAGUAAUGGUGUACUCUAGGUAGGCCAUGUGCACAAUAAAAUUCCCCAUCAACUUUCAUCUA